AUGGUGGUUCUCAGAAAGGGUGAUCACGUGUGGCUGGAAUCCUUGUCCAACAGUGAAUUCAAUGUCCCUAUUGGGGCAGUUGUGAAGAUCUCUGACUCAGGACAGAUCUUGGUGGAGGAUGAUGAAGGCAAGGAACAUUGGAUCACUGCCCGGAACAUCAAUGCUGUGCGUCCCAUGCAUCCCACCUCUGCGCAAGGGGUAGAAGACAUGAUACGCCUCGGGGACCUGAAUGAAGCAGGCAUAGUGCACAACCUCCUCAUCCGCCAUCAGGAGCACAAAAUCUAUACCUACACAGGCUCUAUCUUGGUCGCAGUGAAUCCGUACCAGGUGUUGCCACUGUACACAGUGGAGCAGAUCCAACUCUACAGUAACAAGCGAAUUGGGGAGCUGCCUCCCCAUGUCUUUGCCAUCGCAGACAACUGUUAUUUCAAUAUGAAGAGGAAUAAGAGAGACCAGUGCUGUGUUAUCAGUGGAGAAUCUGGAGCCGGGAAGACUGAAAGCACUAAGCUGAUACUGCAGUUUUUAGCUGCUAUCAGUGGCCAGCAUUCCUGGAUUGAGCAGCAGAUUCUGGAGGCCAACCCCAUUCUGGAAGCCUUUGGAAACGCCAAGACAAUUCGAAAUGACAACUCAAGCCGCUUUGGGAAAUACAUCGACAUCCACUUCAACCGAAGCAGCGUGAUCGAAGGAGCCCGGAUAGAGCAGUUCCUUCUGGAGAAGUCCCGGGUUUGUCGGCAGGCUCCGGAGGAGAGGAACUAUCACAUAUUUUACUGCAUGCUAAUGGGGAUGAAUCUGGAGCAGAAGAAGAUGUUGAACCUGGGCACUGCUUCAGAGUACACCUACCUCACCAUGGGUGACUGCACUUCUUGUGACGGCCGUAAUGAUGCAAAGGAAUACGCUCACAUCCGCUCUGCUAUGAAGGUCCUCAUGUUCUCAGAUUCUGAGCACUGGGACAUCAGCAAGCUGCUGGCUGCUAUUCUGCACCUGGGGAACGUCGAGUUUGAAGCUGCUGUAUAUGAUAACUUGGACUGCUCUGAUGUGCUGGAUUCUUCAUACUUGUUUGUAGCAACCAAACUGCUUGAGGUGGACUCCGGAGAACUGCAAAACAGCCUUACAAACCACUCGAUCAUCAUCCGAGGAGAGAGCGUGUCCAUGCCCCUGAGCGUUGCCCAGGCUGCUGAUGGGAGAGACGCCUUUGUGAAGGGAAUCUAUGGCCACCUCUUCUUGUGGAUAGUAAAUAAGAUCAAUGCUGCAACUUUCAACCCACCUUCUCAGGAUUCUAAAAGUUUGCGCAGGUCCAUUGGGCUUCUGGACAUCUUUGGUUUUGAAAACUUUAACACCAACAGCUUUGAGCAGCUCUGUAUUAACUUUGCCAACGAGCACCUUCAGCAGUUCUUUGUGCGCCAUGUCUUCAAGCUGGAGCAGGAGGAAUACCUUGCGGAGCACAUCUCCUGGAGCCACAUUGACUUCACAGACAACCACCAGGCGUUGGAAGUGAUCGCACUCAAACCCAUGAACAUUGUCUCCCUCAUUGAUGAAGAAAGCAAGUUCCCUAAGGGCACUGACGCCACUCUGCUAAACAAAAUCAAUUCCCAUCAUGGCAAAAGCAAAGUCUACCUCCCACCGAGGAGCGUCCAUGACACCAAAUUUGGUAUCAGCCACUUUGCUGGGAUUGUCUAUUACCAGUCGAAAGGUUUCCUGGAGAAGAAUCGUGACAUGCUCAGCUCCAACAUAAUGCAAUUGGUUUACUCUUCCAAAAACAAAUUCCUGAGGCAGAUCUUCCAGGUGGAAACAACCGUGGCUACCCUAGGCCGUGGGAGCAUAAAACAUCUCAGAGCUGAGCAUAUCCUCAAGGGCUCGGAUACCACCAAACGCCUGUCUACAUUAGGUGGUCAAUUCAAACAGUCUCUGGAGCAGCUGAUGAAAAUCCUGGGGAGCUGCCAGCCGUACUUUAUUCGCUGUAUCAAACCCAACGACUACAAGAAGCCUUUGUUGUUCGAUCGGGAGCUGUGUAUCCGACAGCUGCGCUAUUCCGGAAUGAUGGAAACCAUUCGGAUUAGGAAGGCUGGCUAUCCAAUUCGCUACAGCUUUGCAGAGUUCUUUGAGAGAUACAGAGUCCUGCUGCCAAUGUCCACUCGAGAACAGCUGCAGGAUGAUGCUCGUCGGUGCUGCAUUCACAUUUCUGAGGCAGUUCUAGGGAAAGAUGAAGACUGGAAAAUUGGAAGAACCAAGAUUUUCCUCAAAGAUUAUCACGAUAUGGUAUUGGAGGUGCAGCGAGACAAGGCGCUCACUGAAAAGGCCAUUCUGAUCCAGAAGGUGCUGAGGGGAUUCAAGGACAGGAAGCAGUUUUUAAAACAGAGGCAGGCUGCUGUGAAGCUGCAGGCAGCAUGGAGGGGUUAUUACGGCAGGAAGAAUUUCCGACUGAUCCUGCUGGGCGUUGAGCGCCUGCAGGCCCUCUUCCGGAGCCGGCGACUUGCUAAGCAGUACGAAACAGCCCGGGCCAGUGUGAUUAAGUUUCAGGCCCUGUGCCGAGGUUACCUGAUGCGUCAGAAGACAGCGAAGCAGAUGAAGGCUGUGGGCGUUAUACAGGCGUAUGCCAGGGGUAUGUUUGCUCGUAGGAGUUUCCAGAGGAUAAAGAGAGAGCACCAGCGUAGACUAGAAGCCAGAAGGCUAUGCUUAGAAGAGGAGAAGCGCCUCAUCCAAAUCGUUGGGCCAAUGAGAGCAAAGCAAGAAGCCAUGAAGCUCGAAAAGGAGCACCUGGCUAUGCUGGAGAGGGAGGAGGAGGAGGAGAAGCAAAGAAAACACAAUGCUCUCUCCAACAAACCACCACUUUAUGAUGCUAUCAGCGACCAGGAAAUGGUGGAUAAAGUGUUUGGUUUUCUGCCUACUGUGAUUGGAGGUCAAGAAGGGCAGGCUCCUCUGGGAUUUGAGGACCUGGAAGCAAAGGCAGGCAAGCUGGAUGAGGUGGACCUGGACAUGAUUCCCAUGAGUAUGGAGCUGGAAGAGGAAGUCGAUGACCUGGCAGAGUACACGUUUCCAAAGUUUGCAGCCACUUACUUCCAAGGAUCCUCUACGCACACGCACAUCCGGAGGCCGCUGCGUCACCCGCUGCUCUACCAUGAUGAGAAAGACGAUAUCCUGGCUUCCUUGGCCGUGUGGAAUAUCAUCCUGCGGUUCAUGGGCGAACUCCCGGAGCCAGCCAUGUUUGCUAAGAACACCAACAGCAAGAGCAGCUCUGUGAUGACGCAAAUCUAUGACACACUUGGCAAGAAAAGCCAGGUCCAGCUAAUGGGCAACAACACUCCAGAACUGGGAGCCUACAGAAGGAAUAACAGAGUCUCCAAGGGGAUCUCCUCUGUGAAGCUGAAACGUUCCUCGAAGCUGACAGGAAAGGUGGUGAGCCAGCUGAACAGUAGGGAGGAGCUAAUCCAGGAGCAGAGCACAAUCUUGGAUAGACCUAUGUCCAACCUUGAAAAAGUGCACUUUGUUAUCGGCAAUGCAAUCCUGCGCCCUGCCAUCAGAGAUGAGAUUUACUGCCAGAUCUGCAAGCAGCUCUCUGAAAAUAACAACAAGAGCAGUCGAGCUCGAGGCUGGAUCCUCCUCUCGCUUUGCCUGGGCUGUUUCCCUCCCUCAGACAAGUUUGUGAAGUACCUGCUGAAUUUCAUCCGCAGUGGGCCCACAGGCUAUGCGCCGUAUUGUGCUGAACGGCUGAAGCGCACCUAUACCAAUGGAGCCCGGGCUGAACCUCCCAGCUGGCUGGAACUACAGGCAACAAAGCAGAAGAAACCCAUUGUAUUUAAUGUCACCUUGAUGAAUGGCCAAAGCGUCACGGUCCCUGCAGAUUCAGCCUCCAUUGCCAAAGAGAUCUGCCAGUUGGUAGCUGAUAAAAUGAAGCUGAAGGAUAUGUUUGGUUUUUCACUCUACAUUGCUGUGUAUGACAAGGUCUGGUCACUGGGUAGCGGCCGGGAUCAUGUCAUGGACGCCAUCUCCCAGUGCGAGCAGCUGGUGAAGGAGCAGGGUGCCCAUGAACGCAACACCCCAUGGCGCCUCUACUUCCGGAAAGAGAUCUUCACUCCCUGGCACAACUCGAAGGAAGAUCCAGUCAGCACGGAGCUCAUUUACCACCAGAUCAUUCGUGGGAUCCGGUUUGGAGAAUACCGCUGUGAGAAGGAGGAGGAUUUGGUGGAGGUAGGAGCAAAAUAUUGCUACAUUCAAUUUGGGGACUCCAUCCACAAUGAGCUGGUCCAGAAGCUGCUCCAGGACUUCAUCCCAGCCAAGCUGCUGAAGUCAAAGCCCCAGGAGAAGUGGGUGAGCCUCAUAACGUAUACACAUGCCAAGGCCCCAUACACACAGGACCGGCUUUCCCCUCAGAGCGUGAAGGAGCAGCUAGUGGAUUUUGCCCGUUUUCAGUGGCCUUUGCUCUUUUCUAGGUUCUUUGAAGUCACCAGAUUUUCAGGGCCCAGUCUGCCCAAGAACCACUUCAUAGUAGCCAUUAACUGGAAAGGGAUCUGCUUCCUAGAUGAGUCAGAAAAGCGGCUCCUCGAUCUGUCCUUUCCAGAAAUCACUGGAAUACACACCAACAGGGCAGUGAAGUCUUUUGGGCAGAGCUGCACUCUCAUCACGCUGCGGGCAGAGGAGUUUGUCCUGACAUCUGUCCACAGCGUUGUCAUCGCAGAGCUAGUGGUCCUGUUUCUGGAAGGACUGAAGAAGAGGUCCCAGUAUGCUGUGGCCAUGCAAGAGAGCAAGCAGCAAGGGGACCCUGCCAUUCUGCCCUUCAAGAAGGGGGACUUGCUGAUUCUGACCCAGGACAAAGGGCUGGAAGCAAAUCGUGGUGACUGGGCCUAUGCUCAAAAUGAAAGGACUGCCAAGACGGGGAUUGUGUCUUUAGAAGCAAUCUAUAUUAUCCCUUCCAUUGCAAAACCAUCUAGCCAAGUGCUGAGCUUGCUGAUGAUGUCACCCGAUCAGAGGAGGUUGGCAUCACUGAAUUCCCGCACGGAGGAGGCAGAGGAAGAGGAAGUGAAAAUGAAGCCCUACACGCUUGAGGAGUUUUCCUAUGAGCACUUCAGGGUUCCUGAAAAGGAGUCCAUCAGCAAAGCUGUCCUCCACAAAUCCCGUGGGCGCAGCCAACUGUGGGCACUCUCCAAGGAACCCCUGAAGCAGCCCUUACUGAAGAAGGUGUGUGCAGAUCCAGAACUUCGGGACCUUGCUUGCCAGGCUUUCAUUGCCAUCAUGAAGUUCAUGGGAGACUACCCCUCGAAACAGGCACGGUCCUCCAUGGAGCUCACUGACCAGAUAUUCGUGGCAGCCAUCCAGGAGGAAGUGCUGCAGGAUGAGAUCUAUUGUCAGAUCAUGAAACAGCUGACCGAGAACAGCAACAGGUACAGUGUGACCAGUGGCUGGCAGUUACUCUGGCUCUGCACUGGCCUGUUCCCUCCCAGUAAAUCACUGCUGAAACAUGCCCAGAAGUUCAUCGAGACUCGUCAGAAAGAGACCCUGGCUCUGGACUGCAGCCGGAGAAUUCAGAGGAUAAUGAGGAGUGGCUCUCGGAAGUGGGCUCCCCAUAACGUGGAGGUGGAGGCCAUCCAGCAGAACAUCACCAAGAUCUCGCACAAGGUUUGCUUCCCUAACAAUACAGAGCAGGUGUUUGAGGUGGGAACAAACACCAGAAUCCGGAACCUGUGUCAGACCAUUGCCUCCAAACUGCAGCUGAGCUCCUGGGAAGGAUUCAGCCUCUUUGUCAAGAUCGCAGACAAGGUGAUCAGUCAGAAUGAGGCCGACUACUUCUUUGACUCCUUACGGCAGGUUACUGACUGGACUCGGAAGAACAAGCCAGGGAAAGAUGGGGUUGCUGUGGCUGUGACUUACCAGGUGUACUUCAUGAGGAAGCUAUGGCUGACUGUAACUCCCGGGAAAGACCUGAAGGCUGACUCCAUCUUUCAUUACCACCAGGAGCUGCCCAAGUAUCUGCGAGGAUAUCACAAGUGCUCCAAAGAGGAAGCUGUCCAGAUAGCAGGGCUGAUUUAUAAGGUCCGUUUUGACAAGGACCGAUCGCAGCAGGCAGCCAUCCCCAAGAUGCUGAAGGAGUUGGUGGCAGACAAUCUGAUCCGAGCGAUGGCUCCGGAGGAGUGGAAGAAGAAUAUCAUCGGCGCCUACAGCAAACACGAGGGCAAAACAGUGGACGAGGCCAAGGUUGCCUUCUUGAAGCUGAUCUACCGGUGGCCCACGUUUGGGUCAGCCUUCUUCGAAGUGAAGCAAACCUCCGAGCCAAGUUUCCCAGACAUCAUACUGAUUGCAGUCAACAAGCAAGGAGUCUCGCUAAUACACCCCAAGACCAAGGACAUCUUAACAGUUUACCCCUUUAAUAAAAUCUCGAACUGGAGCAGUGGCAGUACAUACUUCCACAUGACAAUUGGGAACCUGGUGCGGGGAAGCCGGAUUCUGUGCGAGACAUCUCUGGGUUACAAAAUGGAUGACCUGUUGACAUCCUACGUACAGCUGCUAAUGAAUGCUGUGAACAAGCAGAGGAAUCCCCGCCUCCCUGCCUGA